CCAUUCAGCCGAUAACACAGCAGCCGACAACCCCGUUAGGCUGCGAGUACAACGGUCGUUUCUAUCCUGCGGGAACAACCAUUUCUGAGACCACCGGCUGUAUGGGGAGCGGUGAAUUGUGCGAUGAAAAUGGCGAAAUCCUUGUCUGGGACAACUUUGGAUUUGGAUGUUGCGAACGUGACGGACAGUAUUACGAAGACGGGGAGACCUUCACAGAAGGCGGUGUGACCUGUACUUGUGUCGGGAGCGAGAAUGCAGAACCUGCUCCUUUGAACUGCGGAGUAACAACCACGCCGUCGGUACCGAGACCUGACACCCCUCCGCCAACACCGCCCGCCGGUUGUGAGUACGACGGUCGAAUUUAUCCUCCGGGAACCACAAUAUCCGAGACGACCGGCUGUAGGGGGAGCGGUACAUACUGCGAUGAAAACGGCCAGAUCUACGUCUCGGACAACUUCGGAUUCGGAUGUUGCGAACGCGACGGACAAUACUACCAAGACGGGGAGACCUUCACAGAAGGCCGUGUGACCUGUACCUGUGUCGGGAGCCGGGAUGCAAUCCCCGCUCCUUUGAACUGCACGGAAGGGGACUGCCGUGGUAGGUGGAGAACACCGGAGGGAUGCCGGGGUGACGACUGUGACCACUCAGUCUCCUGGACGUACAACUCAGACACCGACAAGAUAUUCUUCGAGAUGAGCGCCAGACAGACAAUUGACAAGUGGAUAGGCAUCGGUUUCUCCGACGACCAGCUGAUGGCCAACAGUGAUGUCAUUGUCGCUGCGGUGUCAUCCGACGGUGGCGUCUCCAUUACUGAUAGGUGGGCAAGUGGACGUAGUAUGCCGACGGAAGACAGUUCUGACGAUGUAGAGAAUCCGCAGGGCUCAUACAACAACGGCGUGAUCAACGUCAACUUCACCCGUCAGCGUAACACAGGUGACGACAGUGAUCUGGCCUUCACUGACGACGACUGCCUUUACAUGUUCUACGCGCUAGGGGGCACCUAUAAUCAUGACUCUCAAACCCUCAGCAAGCACGCAACAACGCCGACUAUCAGCGAACAGAGGAUCUGCAUCAGAGGGGACUGCCCGGCAAGACAAGUAUGUAGGUACCGUAUGUGA